AUGGCCAAAAGAGAGAAAUUUUUUCACCCUAGAAUGACCAAAAUGGAUGGCAAGGAAAGAAAGGAGCUGACAUAUGAAAAGGCUAAGAAGCUCUUUGGAACUUACAGUAGGUUUGCUCUUGUCGGGAUCGAGAAUGUGGAGUCCACCCAGCUGAAGGACAUCAAAAGACAAUGGGGAAACAAUGUAGAGUUUCUAAUGGGAAAGAACAGUGCGAUUAAGCGGGCAAUAGCCGAUCUAGGAAAGCCUGAGCUCAGCAGAGUCCUUGACCUUAUCAAGGGAGAUGUCUGCUUUGUGUUUUUUAAGGGGGAUGCCAGGGAUAUCAAGAAGACCAUUGACGAAAAUGUCCGGGAGGCAUGUGCCAAGGUUGGGAACAUUGCACAGAAGGAUGUGUGGGUGGAUAGCUGCAUCACAGGGAUGACACCGGAUAAGACGUCAUACUUCCAAGUUCUUGGAAUAGCAACCAAGAUCACAAAGGGUAAAGUCGAGAUCAUUUCUCCAUACAAGGUUCUUUCCAAAGGAGAUAAGGUCGGGCCUUCUCAAGCCAAUCUUCUCGGGAUGUUGAACAUCAAGCCAUUCAGCUACAAGAUGACUAUGCAUCAUGUUUAUGAAGAUGGGGUGGUUUAUGACUCAUCUCUUAUUGAUAUUGAGAAGGAAGACAUUCUUUCGACUCUGAGAAGCGCAAUAAGUAGCAUAGCAGCAAUAAGUCUCGGGGCCGACAUCAUUACACAGGCAAGCAUGCCUUACAACAUCAGAAACUCAUUCAAGGAUAUCCUUCAGAUUUCCUUAGGGAUUGAUUUCAUGAUCAAGGAGCAAUCCAUGAUUACAGCUAAUUAA